GCUACGCCACCUCCUGCGUCACAUUCAAGCGCCGGAAGUUGACAACGACUCAACUACGGACUGGUUGCUGUUUUCUAGCACAGAGUAAGGCCUUCAUACUUCACAGGAACUAACAAUGGACAUCCAGAAGGACGUGCAACCCCCAAAACAGCAGCCAAUGAUAUAUAUCUGCGGAGAAUGUCACACAGAAAAUGAAAUAAAAUCCAGGGAUCCAAUCAGAUGCAGAGAAUGUGGAUACAGAAUAAUGUACAAGAAAAGGACUAAAAGAUUGGUGGUUUUUGACGCUCGAUGAAACGAACUCAGAGGAACAUCUCCACUUGUAUUUGGAUUUGCCACUAAUGUUUCAUAUUGUAUAGCUUUUGGGAUAGUAUACUUACCUUUAUGAAUCCACCUCUAUACUUGAUUUCAUUUUAUUUAGUUUUUAAAGCCAUACUGUAUUUGGGUAUCUGUUAAUAUUUUGUGCAAAUAAAUUACUUUUGUUGAAUUACAUGACAUAAAAUUUUAUUGUACCUUUAAUCUGACAUACAGUGAAGGUUAAAAUUGCUUCCACAAACUUUUAAUCACAACCUAGAAUUAUCUGGGACCUUGUUAAAAAUGCAGGUUUCUAGGGCCUCAUGAGCUCUGACUAAGCAUGUUCCUUGGAAACCACUGAUGUAUCACCAGCUGUUCAUAAACUCUGUAGUGUCACUUGGUACAGAGUGUACCAGUAUACUUGUAUGCAUACAUCAUCCUGAGUUCUGUUUUUCAUUCGUUACUUGACAUACGCCUUUCUGUGUCUCUGCAUAAUUCUUGACUUUUAAAAAUCUUAACAGAAAGAAACCUUAAUGGUUGUUCCCUGUAAGGCAAAAUCAACCCCAAGUAAAGUGGAUGAAGAAGACUAUUAAGUCAGGUAUAGUUUCCCAGAUACAAUCAUUCAUUCAGGUCAAAACUCCUGCUUUCAGGAUACAAAAAGAAUGGGGAUUAGUUUACACUGAUUUAUUGGAUAAAUGUUUAAAACUUGCCUUGAUUUUCCAAACCAAAAACCAAAUCCACUGCCAUCAAGUCAAUUCCAACUUAUAGCAACCCUAUAAGACAGCGUACAACUGCCCCAUAGGGUUUCCAAGGCUGUAAAUCUUCACGAAAAUAAGAUUGCCAAAUCUUUCUCCUGCAGAGUGGCUGGUGGGUUUAAACCGAAGCCUUUCAGUUAACAGCUGAGUGCUUUAACCACUGCACCACCAGGGCCCUUGCCUUGAUCUGAGGGAGCUGGAAUUGAUGGUCACACCUAUUACUCCAUCAUUAUGGAUUGUUAUGUUGGCCUCCCUAAUAUCGAUUUUAAAGAUUAGAUAUAUCUCAUUUUACUAAUAGCUAUGUCUGUCUCUGACAUUCAAAAAAUUACCUAUACCAUUUUUGAUAUAAGUGCAUUUCCACUAACAUCUUCUAAAAAUUUAUUACCUGCUGUGUGAAAUACUGAAGCCCUGGUGGUGCAGUGGUUAAGAGCUUGGCUCCUAACCAUAAGGUCGGCGGUUCAAAUCCACCAGCUUGCUCCUUGGAAACCCUAUUGGGCAGUUCUGCUCUGUCCUACAGGGUCACUAUGAGUUGGAAUUGACUUGAUGGCAAUGGGUUUGGGUUUUUUUUUUAUGUGAAGUACUACCAUGCUCAGAUU